CAAACGCUAUUGGCUAUUUUUUAAAAGGGGGCGGGGCUGCUUGACGUGUCCCACCCUUUCGUCUUGUUGGUGCAUGAUUUAAACCCCAAGUAAGCUUUAAGAGUAAGUGAAAGAGAAACCUAAACGUUCAGAACGUUCUUAGCUUCUCAGAACAUCUCACAAAGGAGCCGUUGGGACGCUGAACAUGUCUGAAAGCAGUGCACUAAACCAGGUCUAUGAAGAGAAAGUGCGUCCAUGCAUUGACCUAGUGGACUCUCUCAGGUCAUUAGGUCUUGAAAAGGACCUGAACCUGCCAGCUAUUGCCGUCAUUGGGGAUCAGAGCUCAGGAAAGAGUUCUGUGUUGGAAGCUCUGUCUGGAGUGGCUCUGCCUAGGGGAAUAGGUAUUGUGACGCGCUGUCCUCUGGUACUGAAACUGAAGAAAAUUAGAAAGGGCAAAAACUGGAAUGCAUCGCUGUCAUAUAAGGAUCAAACAAUAACAAUAAAGGAGCCAGAGGAAAUAGAGAAUGCUGUCAUAUAUGCUCAGGGAGUAUUGGCAGGAGAUGGACAAGGGAUCAGUCACGAGAUGAUCACUCUGGAGAUCGAGUCACUUAUGGUUCCUGACCUUACUCUCAUUGACCUGCCAGGCAUUGCUAGAGUUGCCACUGGCAACCAGCCAAAAGACAUCGACAAACAAAUAAAACAACUAAUUAAACAGUUCAUUCGAAGACAAGAGACCAUCAAUUUGGUUGUGGUGCCUGCAAACAUUGACAUCGCCACCACUGAGGCACUGCAGAUGGCCUUCAAAGUGGAUUUAACUGGAGAAAGGACUUUGGGUAUUCUGACCAAACCGGACUUAGUGGACAAAGGCAUGGAGGAGAUGGUGGUCAAAACAGUGAAAAACGAAGUAAUACAACUGAGGAAGGGCUACAUGAUUGUUAAGUGCAGGGGCCAGAAUGACAUCAAUGAAAAACUCAAUCUGGAAAAGGCUCUGGAAAAAGAAAGAAUUUUUUUUGAUGAACAUACUCAUUUCAGGCCUCUAUUGGACGAAGGCUAUGCUACAAUACCCCAUCUUGCAGACAGACUCACAAAAGAAUUGGUUGAACACAUUGUUAAAACACUGCCAGAGUUGCAGAGACGACUUGACACGCAGAUAGAGAACACGUCUGGGGAUCGAGCGCUGGGUCAUGGAGCUCCUCUUGAUGAAUAUGAAAAGAAAACUUUUCUGGCUACGAAAAUUAGCAAAUUAAACGAUGCCCUUGAAAAAGUAAAGAGGGCAGAAGAAGAAGUAAAAAAAGCAAACACAAGGGUCUAUUCCAAAAUCAGGGAGGAAUUCAUGAAUUGGAAACAAGCCCUGAAUGCCAAAGCCAUUAAGACGGAGGAUACCCUCAGCAUUGAGGUAGCAGAGGAUGUGAAGACUCACAGAGGAAUGGAGCUUCCCGGAUUUUCAAACUACAGGACGUUUGAGAGUAUUGUCAAGGAAUACAUCGAGGAGCUAGAAGAACCUGCUUUAAAGCUGCUCAAAGACGUCACAGACAUUGUUCACUCGUCUGUGGAUCAUAUCGUUCGCACUCAUUUUGUAGGCUUCUCUGAACUGGUGAGGGCUGCAAAAGAGCAAGCUGAGAAUUUUCUCGAUGUGCAGUUUGAGAGCGCUGAGGAGAAAAUACUUUCGCAGUUAAAGAUGGAGAAGAUUGUUUAUUCCCAAGAUGAUCUAUACGUUGACCAGCAACACAAAGUAAAACUACAAUCAAAAUCCGGUAAAGGGCUGCUGGCACCAAGUGUCAAUCCAGAUGUGCGUGACAUGGCAUACCAUCUCAUCACCUACUUAACGGUUCGUCUCGAACGCCUGACUAAUCAAAUUCCACUGAUAGUUCGAUAUCAGAUGCUGGACGAGUUCAUCACUCAGCUUCAGAGCGCAAUGCUUGUCCUGAUCGGAGAGAAUCCAGAAGUGCUGCUCCGAGAAGAUUCUGGUAUUGUCCGUAAGAGGAAAGAGCUGACAGAGCGCCUGAAGCGCCUGAAGAGAGCUGGAAUAGAGCUAUCAAAGUACACCAGCCUUUCAUCAAGGUCUCUGCAGACCAUAAAACCGGAGUAGGCUCCAGGAUCUUUGCAACCCUACAACUGGUGGAAAAUCCUCAUUUUACCACCACACCUUUUACGUUUUACUUAAAGCUCCAAUUAAGUAUAAGACAUUCUCUGGUGCAAAACAGUCCUCAGAGGAAACCAAGAACACAAUUUGUAAUACACAUUUCAGACUUUUACGCGAUUGUGAGUUUACUUCUCACAGUACAAAUGUUCAGUUUCACAAUCGUCAGUUAACAAAUCGCAAUUCUAAGGAAUGGCAUGCUAUAACCUCAGGACUGUGAGAAAUUAAGAAAUAUGAACUUGCGAUUUGAAUCACAAUUCUGAGAAAAAAAGUUAGAAUUGUGGAGUUUUUAAGUGUAUAUCUUGCAGCAGAAGUGUAGAGGACGGCUCGUUCC